CCGCGUAUGUCGUUGUCACGACCCACACCUCUCGCUCCUCUAAUGCUCGACCGAUAUGAGAAUCAGCACUUUCCCACCUCUUUUGCACACAACAGCUACGAUCAGUCACUAGUCUCUUCGGCUAAUUAACUCGCCCUUGUUCUUGUUCUUCCAAAUAUGGCAUCAAGCUCAAUGUCCUGCCAUGGCUAUUGGACAGCAGAGCAGAACAAGGCCUUUGAGAAGGCUCUGGCGGUGUACGACAAGGACACUCCCGACCGGUGGUCCAACGUUGCCAGAGCUGUUGGAGGGAAAACAGCUGAAGAAGUGAAACGACAUUAUGAAAUCCUUGUGCAGGAUGUCAUGUCUAUUGAGAAUGGUAGAGUGCCCUUUCCCAACUACAGGACUACUACUGGAGGUCUAACUAACACUGCUGAUAAGUAAUAUUACCAGAGGUAGGAUGUAGUUCAAUUCAUGUAACAUUAGUACUAUCUCUUGGAUAAAUAACCUCGAUUCAUCCAAAGUACAUGAAUUUACUUAGUUCAUGUAUUCAAAAUUAUUGUA